AUGCGCGGUAACACUGGUUCGCAGCAAUAACAAGUGAAAACGUAAGAAAAAAGUGAGAAAAACUGCAAGAGCAGAACAUCUUUCUGCUCGCAUAAAACAUAAAAAGUGAAAAAAGUUAGUUACAAUGUGAAAUUAUAAAUUAUAAACACUGCCGCGUCCUAUAAAAAUCUGAGAUCGCACUCUCACACACACCAACACACAACUCGUACGAUUGCCAAUCGCUGCUGCGCCUCCUUCCACGCACACACACAGACACACAGUUGCGCCUUUCGUCAUCUCUCUCUCUCUGUCUCUCACAUCGUCGCAACGUCGCAAAUUCCAGAAAGGAGCCACAAAAAAACCAACAAAUCACAGAAUCCUUGCGUUGCGUGAAAUCACAGCAUACUGCUUGCAAAGAUGUUGCGGGCCCUGCGACAGUGAAACCCAGUUUUCUAGGCCUCCCCCCCCUCCCCACCACCCGUUUUCGGGGGGCCUGACACACGAGGAGCAUGUUUAAGAAGAUCUUCACGUACAUACAAAAAAAUGCCAGCAGCUCCAACAUGUUCAGCCCAACAACGACACCCACAGCCACAGCAGCAGCAGAAGCAACAGUGGCAGUGGCACCAUUGAAUGCCCAUGAGGAUGGCGCUGCCACGCGGCGACGCAUCGAGUAUGAGGAGGAGGCACAGGACAGUGGGCUCUUGCUGGAGGAGGACGAGGAGGAGGAGGAGUUCAUUAUGGAGGAUGACAUUGAGCGUCAAAUCAAGACAUCCAUAAUCGAUGCCACUAAAGUGCAUGCUGCCAAGGCCAAGGCCAUGGCUAUGACGCUGCCGCUGCCGACCAAUCUUCAAAUGGAUGAUGAGCUGGCAGACUUUGCCAACGAACCGGUGACGCCCAACGAUGGCGAACUCGACGAACAGUUCCUGGAACUGGAUAAUUUUCCCAACAAUGAAAUUAUCGUCCUGGGCGGCACAGAUCUGCUCAACACUUCCCUGGCCGCGGACAACAUUUCCGAGGACCCCCUGGCCAUAGACAAUAUUCUGGACUCGUCUUCGGUGACCACCAACGAGGAGGUGGACACCAGCGGUGAUUUGCUUUGGCUGAAGCUCAACACGGAAUCGGAGCCGCUUAAUGGGAGCUCAGGUGGUGGCAGCAGCAGCAGCGUCGUGGUGCCCCAGGCGAAACAGCAGCAGCAGGCGGCCAAGACCAAAGAAGAUGAGAUGCGUGACGGUGGCUCCGACUCGGGUUUGGGCAGCGAAACGACCAGAAUUACGCUCAAGCAGCAGUCAUCAGCUGUGCCCGAGCCAAAGCGUUCGAAUCUGAAGCGCCGGCUGGAGGAUAACGAGAGCGAUGCCAUCGAUCUGGUGCCCGAUAUGUCCGGCGCUGCACUCUCGACAACCAGCACCGUGGCCGCACAGAAGCGACCGAAGCGCAGCAUCAACUUUGACAAUGUCAAAAUCUACUAUUUCCCCCGGCAGCAGGGAUUCAGCUGUGUGCCCACCCUCGGCGGCUGUACGCUUGGUAUGGGUGCGCGCCACAUUGCCUUCAAGACGAUGACCCUGGCGGAGCAUGCAGCGGAGCUGAGGCGUGCGCAUCGCAGCCAGAAUCAGGAUGUGCAGCCGCGUGGCUCGAGCAGCGACGAUACCGAGGAAUCGGAGGAGGAUUUCCUCAGCGAGGGCAGCGGCUCGGAUGCGGACGAUGGCUCCAAUGGUUUCCUCACGACAAUGUCGCCCAAGCAGCGUCGUGCGCUGCUCAAGGCGGCGGGCGUGCGCAAGAUCGAUGCCAGCGAGAAGAUCGAAUGCCGCGACAUCCGGAACUCGCGCGAAGUGUGCGGCUGUUCGUGCCGCGAGUUCUGCGACCCGGAGACCUGCGCCUGCAGCCAGGCGGGCAUCAAAUGCCAGGUGGAUCGCUCCAUGUUCCCCUGCGGUUGCUCGCGUGAGGCCUGCGGCAACACCGUCGGCCGCGUCGAGUUCAAUCCAACGCGUGUGCGCACCCACUACAUUCAUACGGUGAUGCGGCUGGAUCUGGAGCAGCGGCAGGGCGCCCAGGGCCACAUACAGCAACAGCCUCCGCAGAGCAGCUCCCUGACGUACUCUUCCGUGGGCGCAGGUGUGCCCAGUGGCGCUGUGGCUUCCCCCACGGCCGCCGCCUCUCACUGUUACUUCAUGCAAACGCAAUCGAACUAUAGCUCGGGCUAUGCUUCGCCCGCGUACACGCCCGAGAGCAGUGUCAGCUACUACCAGCAGCAGCAGCAGCAAUCUGUGGUGGUGGUGUCUCCUCCCAUACCGACCACUGUCCAGCAGCAGACACAGAGCAGCUAUGCGACGGCCUAUGCCCAGUUGGAUGGCCUGGAUUCGGGUCUGUUCGCCACGGGAAGCAAUGCCACACCUUCCUACGGGGAACUCUAUCAAUCGCUGAGCUACGGCAGUGCCCAGCUCACUUCCUACCAGUCCGCCUAUCAGCCGCUCUCCGCAUCGCCCGUUGCCGUGGCACCCAGUGGCGGUUUUAGCUCCUGUUCGGUGCCAUCGGCGCCGCCCUUCGGUAAUGCCACAACGACAGCGUCGAGCAAUGCCCAAUAUCAAACCACCGCCGCCUCCAUGACUGCUGCCUCAUCGAUCAGUGGCAGCAGCAGCAGCAUUAGCAGUUGCAAUCGUCUCAGUGGUACCACCACCGCCUCCACCGCCGCCGCUGCCGCUGCCGCCUCCGCCACGACCAAUGAUUUCAUUAGCCUAAACUCACCGCUAGCCAGUUCCUCGCGCCUCUCCCAGAUCAAUGAUCUGCUGCAGCACAAUCGUAAUACCACCGCCGCCUUGGUGGCCGUCUCCGAGGGUUACAGUGGCGGCGUCAGAACCAGCUCUUCAUCAUCUACGAUCGACUCCAUUGAUACGCCGCCCAUUGUUGAGGAUGCGCAGCGCAGCUGCAUGACCUUUGAGGCGUUGCCGCCGCCACUUGUCAAUCCCACGCCCAUUGUGGCAGUGGUGGAGAGCAAAAUGCCAACGAUAGCGGGCGUGCAACCAACGCCGCCCUUAGCGCCACAGCCACGCCAGCCGCUCGAUGUGCAAUCCCUGACAGAAAACGCAUAAAACAGACGUAUGGGAACAACCAAGAGACAGAGAGAGAGAGAGAGAGCUGGGAAUAGUUUUUAUAGCAAUUGUACACAGCAAAAGACUUCAUUACGUUUAAGGCAAUGGCAACGGCGACAGCGACAUGGCAGUGGCA